CUAAGCAGCGUUAAAGUUUUAUGCAAACCUACAGCCAAACAAUGCUAUCGCACUUACCAGUGUCCACCAUAUUUGUGGUGGUUUUCGACGUUCACGUCGGCAACCGAAUAGCCUGGCAAUAUCCUUCGGACGUGCUAGACAUCGACGGUGUGGAGUUCAGCGCUCUACCCUCUGGUGUACACACGUUGGAAAGCACGGAUGUGGUUGUGUUUAAGCUGCCUGUGCUAGGCCUGGCUGUGUACGGGAAUGUGCGCACAGACGAUACCUCGCAACGCAAUUCACGCACCGUGUCUGUGGGUGUGGUUUACGAGCGCCAACAUCCGCUGGUAGAUGAGGCUGCUCUGCAGACACUGCCGAAACACAUCGAAUUCUUGCAUGCACAAGCACGCCGGCUGUUGAGCCUGCCAGUCUUGGCUGAAGAUGCGUACAGGCCGCUGGUGGAGUACUAUGAGAACGAUCAACUGACCCCAAUCACUGGACCGAGGCUGCCGAAGGGCCACCUGCAUGGGAAUGUUAUAUCGGACCAGGACACCUUGCCAGACCUUGUGGAAGAAACCAGCAGUGAAACCAGUGACCAGGGCAUAGCCCUCACCGCCACGCCUGGCUGCCCACCAGAGCCCUCGCGACGGCGCAACCGACUGUGGCUGACACCCAACAGUCAAGAGCAUGCGUACGCCAAGUGCAUCCGGUACUAUGGGCCCGUCGUCUUCGUGCUGUGGAAACUGUUGCUGCUCAGAGCGAGGGUGCUGAUAUGGAGCCCCCCGCCCGUCACCGGUCUAUGUAAUCGUGUGCGAGCCCUGGCUGUGUUAGUCAACCAGACCUUUCACACACGGACAGUCUCCAGCACACAGCCGGAAAUGCUGUCACAACCGGGAUCUGCUCGGCAGAGCUACCGUGUGUCUCGCAACUCGUCACUGAACACCGCCGCGGCCAGCCAGAGUUCCGCAAAAGCCGACACGGUCGAAAGUUCAUCCCUGCUGGAUCGCAAUACCGGUUUAGCCAGUUCGACUAGCGGUACACACGGCGGAAGGCCGGACCAUCAAUACAGUACAGGCGCACGCACAUGCACAGGCAUUGACGUCAACACAACCACUAUUAGCGCACACGCUUACAUACAGCCGCAAGCGCCGCCUACGGUACCCUUGUUCCAUGUGUCAAUAGCGGAUGCUGAUAAGCUGGCAGACUACGACGAAGAAGGAGGCGGGUUUAUCGCAUUCACCACGGACAAGAUCUUCGAGCACAAACACAACUGCUACGACGUUUUCCUGGAGAAUAGAGAUCUAAAGUACGUCUCGCCCGAAUUGGCUGCCACAGUAGGGCUGUACCCGUCGUCUGCCGAUGUGAUCCGAUUUGAAAACCUAGCGAUUACCGCAGUCGACAGGCGGAAUCGGCUGCAGCCAGAGACAUCCAUGGAGAAGAGUUUAUACACCAGUUUCUUCGCCGAUCUCAAUCACACUCUGUUCGUGACACUCUUGGAAGCGUCAUUAUCGGACACAAAGAGGCUAUACCUCCGAAGUAUGCAGCACCGUGGCUUCCAGUGGAGUGAGCGAGCCUUUGUCCUCGCCGUUUCACGGCUCUAUGACAUCCCUGUGCAAUACGAAGUUGAUGCACGUGGUACAAUGGUCUGUGCCGCUAUGCUGUGCUGUCCAACUGUGUGGCAAGGGAUAUUGUAAACCCGUGAUCAACAGACUGUCCCGAUGUAUGUGGCGGUAUGUGGGUGAAAAGCAUCCAACCUGUUUGCAAACAAUGGAAGAGUCUUCCCAGAUAACCCUUCCCACAAUGGCCCCAGUAUCCUGCCGAGACGUAUUCGGCCUUCGCUAUCACCGUCUCACGUUUCGCCGACUUAUCUGUGCGAUUCGAAGCUGCUACAUGCGGCCCACUGGUGCGUGCCGCAUUGCUGUGUUGUAGUGCAGAAUUCAAGAGAUGCCAUAACUGACUGUGGCACAGGAUGACAUAUCUAGGAGAUCCUUCCGUAGUUGAAGCCAGGUGAAAACAAUGCAUCCUUUUUAGACAUCAAGAAAAAGGAGACAGCUCUUCUAACACUUAGGAGUAAAACUCGGGUUGAGAUAUCUAGCCUGUGACGUUUUGAAACGACUCCUGCAGCGGUGAUUGAAGUUUCUUGACGGUAGCUUGAAGGAUUGUAGGAUGAGAAGAUCAAUGUAAAACCCGGUUAAUGUCAAACGUUUUGUCUCGAUUCUUAACAAAACCAGCACCUGAUCGGACAAGCUGGACAUCUGGUCUACAAGAUAAAUCGGGUUUGCUUGGAACCACAGUACCCGUUGCUGACUUACUUCUGUAUGCCUUACUGGAAUCGACAGAAUGCAAACCUACUGAUGUAGUAAACCAUCCGCACUUGCAGUUGUGGCUUGUCAAGGUUGCAAUGCAAGACUGAACUAUUACCAAGGGCUGAUGGAGAUGACAGGCAGAGCUCUGUUUCGCUUAUGGUUGUAGCUCAAAUUGUACUCGCACGUAAUACCUGUGAUUUGAUCAGUACAGAUUAACUGUCUUCAUCGCUCCCCCUCCGUGUCAGGAACUGAAUCAUACUGCACCGGGUUCAACUCAAAUUAAUGACCUUUUUUUGAUACCCGAGGUUAUUUCUUGUGGUGAUGCCUACAUAACAAAACAUUGGUUAAAUGAUGCAACAUGCACAUUUGAUACAGACGGAAAGGUGGCAUCCAUCACAAAUAAUAAACUGUAUGGUGUUAAGUAUAACUUUGCAUGGCCUAUGCAGGCAAUCAUGGUCAAAGCAACCAAUUACAAACCCUCCAACAAACUCGCGACAGCCAAAAAAAACUGGGCCAGACGCGCGUCGAGAUAGCCUUAGCGUAACUAUUGAAACUUCACAACUUUAGCUGCGAGCCUAGCAAUAAACUACAUACAAUUUAUUGGAUAUUUGAAAAUGCAGAUACACUGAAUUUUUUACCUCGCUUCCUGGCUUGAUGCAGGAAGUGAUACCACUCGGUCUGGGUUUGUAAUAUUGAACUCCUGAUGUGCAACACCACAACAUUAUAUACUAGCUGUCACUGUUGCUUCUUCUGUCUUUUGUGGCUCAUCGUUUGCAAUAACAGGGUCAGGCUCUACUUCAUCUUUCAUCGAGGAAGCGAUGAUACUCUCCAUGUUAACUGUCGAAUUACCAUAUGUGCUAUUUGUUCCAGAUAAAGAGCUCGCAUAGCUCGAGUUAUCACUGUGGCUUGAAUACCUGUCGCCGAACAACUGCUCACGCCUAGUCUGCUUUUCAUCGUUUUUGGUCCUUUUCCAAGCUAUUCCAGCCAGAACCACAACGAGGCACAACACUAAUAGAACAGUAAUACUGAUAAACAAAACACUGUCAUUUGAACCACUGGAGCUUUCAGUUGUUGUCGUAGUUGUAUUUUCUUGCUGGUUUUCUGCAGUACUCGUAGUCGGUUGCGCACAAGCACCUCCGUGUGCGAUGGAAUCUACAUGGCCAGCCAAACAGUUUUGCCUGGUGAAUGCGCACUGGGUGGGGUAGGUGAUUCCGGACGCCGAGCAUACUGGUGUACCCGUAUUGGGGUUGCAGCCUUGAUUGGUAAUUGAGCAGUAUUCUUCAUUGGAGAUGCACUCGUCACAACACGAUCCAAGUGCUUUAUAUUUCUGCUUACCGUCCUUACAGGUCUUCACAACACAUGGUGUGGUAGAAUAGCACACGUGGUCGGGGUGACCCUUGAUAACCUGACAAAAACAUGUCAUGCAGGUCGUGGUCCAUGUUUCACCCUCACCAUAGGUCUCCCCAUCCAUUGCACACACCGGAUUGCCCUGUAGUGCAGUAUCUCCAGUCACCGUACUUUGACGCUUGCUGAGGUGAUUGAGAGAGGUGCCCGAGGAGAAGGCCGUGGCCACCGCCAAGAAUACAGCCAAUGUUCUACAAAGCAUGUUGCUAGAUACUUUGUAUUCCGUGGUUUAAGUAGUAGUCACUUAUUGAAAGUGUAACUCUACUCGUAGUGAUGAAGUGCAACGCUGAAUUUAUAUGCAAAUAGUGGUAUAGCUAUAAGCUUUU